AUGGCAUCAAACAAUCAAAUGGCACUCAUCGAAAAGGCAUCUGGUCGUGAAAAUUACGCAACUUGGCGCUUUGCAAUGCAAAUAUAUCUUCAACAUGAAGAAUUGUGGGACUGUAUAGAAUCUGAAUCAGAACCAGAUCCAAAACGAGAUACUAAAGCAAAGACAAAAAUUAUUCUCUCAGUUGAUUUCACAAAUUAUGUGCACAUUCAAGAGGCUCAUACUGCCAGAGAAGUAUGGAAUAAGCUGCCAUCAACAUUCGACGACUCUGGGCUAUCACGCCGAAUUGGUUUGCUGCAUGAUCUGUGUAAUACGUCACUAACGGGAUGUCGAAACCUAGAGGAGUAUGUAAGCAAAAUAAUGAGCACAGCUCACAAGCUCAGAAACACUGGUUUUAAGGUUGACGACGAGUGGCUAGGCACACAACUGCUCUCUGGUCUGCCAGAAUCUUACCAACCAAUAAUAAUUGCUUUAGAAAGCUCAGGCAUGAAAAUUACUUCGGAUUCUGUUAAAGCAAAAUUAUUACAAGACGUCAGACCGUCUGAAGAUGAUAAAAAAGCAUUUACAGUUAGACCACGGUGCUAUACCUGUAAAAAGUAUGGACAUAAAAGCACAGAAUUGAGUCAGAUUAUUCGCAAUGGGGGCCAAGUAAGAUUUGACCAAACUGGCUGUGUUAUUAUGAAUAACAGAGGUCAGAUAGUAGCGACAGCUAGUAUUAUCAAAAACAUGUACCGGCUGAAUAUGCCCGGAGGAGGCUAUCCAUGCAUAUCUGAUGUUGAAGAACAAGAUACCUUCCUGUGA